UGCAAGUUGCGCCGCGGGACAGGAAGAAGUUGCAGUUGGCCGCGGUUGCCUGUGACGAGCAUCAUAUGACCCAGCAAAGAUGGCUGAAGAAGGGGAGAGUUGCAAAGUACCUGCCGAGGAGCAGAAGGAGGAUUUUGAAGUCAUCGAUAGCGCUCAGGUCCCCACCGCGUCUGAGCUGAGAAGCGAUGGCAAAGAGAGAGAGGCGGAAGAGUCGGGCUGGUCGGCUCCCAUCUUCUCGCUGGCCAAGAAAGCAUCGGAAAACUUAGCAGCGAGCUAUGGAAAUGCCCUGAAGUCUGCAGCUUUGGUAGGACUCAUUCCCAAACCAGUCAGCAAUGACAGCACAGCGAGACAAACAGUCAAAUACAUGAUGGAAGAACGUUCAAAUCUCAUGAAUAUGAUGAAGCUCAGCAUUAAAGUCCUGAUACAGUCAGCUCUGAGCUUGGGUAGAACUCUUGAUUCUGAUUUCCCUCCCCUGCAACAGUUCUUUGUGGUGAUGGAACACUGUCUCAAGCAUGGACUUAAAGCCAAGAAGAGUUUUAUUGGGCAGAACAAAUCAUUCUUUGGACCUUUAGAACUGGUGGAGAAACUUUGUCCAGAAGCAUCAGAUUUAGCAACAAGUGUCCGGAAUCUGCCUGAGUUAAAAACCCCAGUAGGAAGGGGCAGAGCAUGGCUUUAUCUUGCAGUGAUGCAAAAGAAAUUGGCAGAUUACCUGAAAGUACUUUUGGACCACAAGAAUUUGCUGAGCGAAUUUUACGAGCCUGAUGCCUUGAUGAUGGAAGAGGAAGGAGCUGUGAUCGUAGGUCUUCUGGUGGGAUUGAAUGUCAUUGAUGCAAAUCUCUGCUUAAAAGGAGAAGAUUUGGAUACCCAGGUUGCAGUGAUUGAUUUUUCUUUGUACCUUAAGGAUACUCAGAACAAUGACAAUGGCAAAGAAGAUGGAGGAAUUACUGCUGUGCUUGAUCAGAAACAUUAUGUGGAAGAACUUAACCGUCAUCUAAGUUGCACUGUUGGAGAUCUUCAGACCAAGAUAGAAUGCUUGGAGAAAACCAACUCAAAGCUUCAGGAAGAGCUGGCAGCAGCAACAGAUCGGAUUGGGGCACUUCAGAAAGAACAGCAGGAGUUGAAGCAGGAAAAUGAGCUAAUCCGUGAACGAAGUGAAAAACAUGUGGAGGUAACUAAACAGGACACCAGAGUUGAACUGGAAACUUACAAGCAGUCACGGCAAGGCCUGGAUGAAAUGUACAGUGAUGUCUGGAAGCAACUGAAAGAAGAGAAAAGAAUCCGUUCUGAACUGGAAAAAGAGCUGGAACUACAGAUCGGCAUGAAGGCAGAAAUGGAAAUUGCCAUGAAACUCCUGGAGAAAGAUACUCAUGAAAAGCAAGAUACUUUGGUUGCCCUUCGCCAACAGCUGGAGGAAGUUAAAGCAAUUAAUUUGCAGAUGUUUAAUAAAUCUCAGAGUGCAGAUAGCAUAUUGCAACAGAAAAAAGAAACAAUAUCAUCCUUUGAGGGCAAAACAGAUCAAAUGAUGGCUUCUAUGAAGCAAAUGGAGGACAGACUGCAACAUGCGGAGAAGACCAGGAAGACAGCAGAAGAGAAAAGUGUCAAGCUGAAGCGAGAACUAGGUGGCAAGAUUGAGUCAAUGCAGCAACAGCUAAUCCAGCUGGACAAUAAAUGUUCCACUCUUGAGAGAGAAUUAAAAUCUGAGAAAGAACAGAGACAGACUCUGCAACAGCAGCUGCAUCAAGAGAAGGAUACUACAACUUUGCUGAAAACAGAACUGCAGCAGGUAGAAGGGUUGAAAAAAGAGCUGCGAAAACUGCAAGAGGAGAAGCAGGAGUUAGAAAAGCUCUGUAAAGAGCAGGAACAGGCCCUUCAGGAAAUGGGGCUUCACCUUAGCCAAUCUAAGCUUAAGAUGGAAGAUAUUAAAGAAGUUAAUAAAGUGUUAAAGGGCCACACCUGGCUAAAAGAUGAUGAAGCAACCCACUGUAAGCAGUGUGAAAAAGAGUUCUCCAUUUCAAGAAGAAAGCACCACUGUCGAAACUGCGGUCACAUCUUUUGCAGCACUUGUUCCAGCAAUGAACUUGCACUCCCAUCCUAUCCAAAGCCUGUACGAGUUUGUGACUCCUGCCAUACGUUGCUGCUUCAGAGGUGUUCAUCAAAUUCUUAAGACUCUGACUUGUUUCGGGAGAAUAGCAGAAGACCAGAGAAUUAGCCAAAUGCUUAGGCUUUUUGGCAAUAUUAAUUUUACCAAUCACACAACACUCUUAAGGUACUGUUUGCCACAUGGGAACAGCAAGUUUAAUUUAUGAACUAGGGUUUACAAAAUCUAUGGAAGUUAAAUAUUUUGCAUAAAUUUAAGUGCCAGAAAAAUGUAUCCUAAAAUGUGCUCAGUGUACUGCAACUUUGAGAUGCAGCAUCAUAAUUUUGGUCUUAAAUUACUGAAAUGUAUUGUUUGGUAUUUAACUUUGUACUUGAGAUUUGUACAGUUGAUCUCUAACACAAAUUACUUUUCUGAACACUUUAUUUUCAUGGGACUUACCUAUGACAGUUUCUCUUAAAUUCCUCUUGCUUUGUAUGUAGUCAAAUUUGAAAAUGUUAGCUUCCUAAAAAUUGUCCCCAGGGAAGAAUUUUUUAAGCAGUGUAUAAAUGAAUGUGCCUUUAUGAUACCUCAAAAGUAAAUGAGAGUAUAGAUUCUUGUUUCUAAAGCGCCUAUAAAAAUAGUGGUUAUGCAAUAAAGACUGCUGAGUAGAAUUAAA